GCAAGCUCUUCCUGUGUUUAAAAAGCAGUAGCUCUUAUGAGUUAGUUCCACUUUGAAAAGCGUGACAAGCCACUAUGUCAAAGGUUCAUCUCCCUGAUGUGGAGAAGGUUGAAUGGGUCAACAAGAUUAUCCAGCAGGCCUGGCCUUUCAUUGGGCAGUAUCUGGAGAAGCUGCUGGUGGAGACCAUCGCCCCCUCCAUCAGAGCCUCCAACACCUACCUGCAGACCUUCAGCUUCACCAAGAUUGAUCUCGGAGACAAGCCCAUGAAAGUGGUGGGUGUGAAGGCCCACACAGAACAUGACAAACGACAGGUGAUGUUGGACCUCUUCAUCAGCUUUGCCGGAGAUGUGGAGAUCAACGUGGAGGUGAAGAAGUACUUUUGCAAAGCAGGAGUCAAGGGCAUACAGUUCCAUGGCAUGCUGAGGGUGAUCCUAGAGCCUCUGAUUGGGGAUGUUCCUCUAGUAGGCGCCAUUACCAUGUUCUUUAUCCGGAGGCCUAAGCUUGGUAUCAACUGGACUGGGCUAACCAAUCUGCUGCACAUCCCUGGGCUGAAUGCUAUGUCGGAUACUAUGAUAAUGGAUGUUAUCGCCUCCUUCCUGGUCCUACCGAAUCGCCUCACUGUCCCCCUGGUGGCCGACCUGCACGUUGCGCAGCUCCGCUCCCCUCUCCCACGGGGUAUUGUGCGCAUCCAUCUCCUAGAGGCUAAGAACCUGGCCUCUAAGGACAACUUCAUGGCGGGGAAGUCGGACUCCUACGCCGUGCUCAGGGUGGGCACCCAGACCUUCACCUCCCAUUAUGUGGACAACAACCUCAACCCCCAGUGGUGUGAGAUGUAUGAGGUCAUUGUCCAUGAAGUGCCUGGACAGCAGUUGGAGGUGGAGGUGUUUGACAAAGACCCUGACCAGGAUGACUUCCUGGGGAGGGUCAAGCUGGAUUUGGACAUAGUAAGGAAAGCAAGACUUUUGGAUGAGUGGUUCACUCUGAAGGACGCUCCCUCAGGGCAGGUCCACCUACGUUUGGAGUGGCUCUCUCUGCUGCCCUCUGCUGAGCGCCUGAGUGAGGUGCUGAAAAGGAACCAAAACCUCACCAUAUCCAGCAAGGUAUCUGCAGCUAUCCUGGUGGUGUAUCUGGACCGGGCCCAGGACCUUCCGAUGAAGGAAGGUAGUAAGGAGCCCAGCCUCAUUGUGCAGCUGUCUGUGCAGGACACCACUCGAAAGAGCCGGACUGUGUACGGCACCACCAGCCCUGUAUGGGAGGAGGCCUUCACCCUCUUCAUCCAGGACCCUCUCAAACAGGACAUGGACAUUCAGGUGAAGGACGACGACCGGUCCGUGUCCCUGGGCAGCGUGACCAUUCCUCUGGCCCGGCUGCUGGUCACCCCAGAGCUCACCAUGGACCAGUGGUUCCAGCUGGAGAACUCAGGCCAAGCCAGCCGGCUCUACCUCAAAGCUGUGCUGAGGUUGCUUUGGCUGGAUGAAGAUGCCAUUCCCAGCCCUGUCUCCCCAUGUCCCACGUCCCCUGGGUCCGGCCAAGGUGAAGGGGGCGUGACAUCAGAGGGGGCCCCAGGGAGCUCCAGCCUGUCCCCCAACCCGUGCGUGACGCGGCCCCAAAACACCAGCCCAAAUACAGGUUUUGCCACAGAGGGCGUCUUGAGGAUCCGUCUGGUGGAGGCCGAGAGCCUCGUGGCCGAGGACAGCUUCAUGGGCAGGAAGGGGAAGAGCGACCCCUACGUCAAGGUCCGCGUGGGCGGCGUGACCUACAAGAGUCAUGUGAUCAAAGAGAACCUCAGCCCCACGUGGAACGAGAUGUAUGAGGUUAUCCUGACCCAGCUCCCGGGACAAAAGGUGCAAUUUGACUUGUUUGAUGAGGACACUGUCCAGGAUGACUUCCUUGGCAGAUUCAAGAUUAAUCUCAGAGACCUUAUCAACUCACAGUAUACUGAUCAGUGGUACACUCUGAAUGAUGUCAAGACGGGCCGAGUUCACCUGGUGAUGGAGUGGUUGCCCAGAGUAACAGAUCUGACGAGGCUUGACCAGAUCCUACAGCUUCAGUCCCAGCAGGUGUAUCAGAAUAAGACAAUCCCCUCUGCAGCUAUGCUCUUUGUCUAUGUGGAGAGGGCCCAUGGCCUGCCGUUGAAGAAGAGUGGUAACGAGCCCAAGGUCGGGGCAGAGAUCUCACUGGAGGGCGUCUCCAACCGGACUAAGAUUUGCGAUCGUUCUACCUCUCCACAGUGGGGUGAAGCCUUUCACUUCCUGGUUUGUGACCCUAGAAAGGACAUCCUCACAGUGAAGCUUUCUCACAGCUGGGGUCAGGCUCUGGGCGCCCUGCUGCUGCCCCUGAGGGAAGUGCUGGCCGAGCCGGACCUGGUGCUGGAUCGCUGGCUGCCUCUAGAUCGCGCUCUCCCAGAGAGUGAGAUCCUACUGAGGGCCGAAGUCAAGUUAUUGGACUCGAAGCUUGUGGAGUGCCUCAAGUCGAAUGGAGAUGAGGUGACAGACUGUGACGAGGCAGUGGAAGAUCACCUCAUUCCUAGUAGAGAUUCAGACAUGGCAGCUAAUCUUAGGCAUAGAGCUGUGCCCAGCAAUGAAGAAGAUAGUGUGGGUGGAGCUGGAGGCCAGGGACAGGUAUGACUUGACGGAGGAGGCCACCUGAUGGGUAUAGGAGAGGACUUGAUGAUGCCUUUAACGUCUCUGCCUGCUCCUGCUUCACCUUCCUUCAAGCUUCUGCUGUGUGAUGCAAAUGUCACUUUUGUAGCUUUGAGAUUGUGUGUAGCAUUCGAAUAGUCAUAUCAAUUCAAUACCUUCUUUUUGCUUGCACAAGAAUUUUGUUUACCAUCAAUUACAAGGAACAAACUAAAGGGAUUUUGCAUUGCAUUUGCACUAUGCAAAAUAUCUUUAGAUUGAUUUACGACACAAAUUUUACAAUCAGUCAUCCUGGGGUGAAGCCUAAAUAUAAAUGGAUAGACUUAACCCUGUCAGUAUUUCCAUGUACAAUGUGACAACUACUUCAUUCAUAUGGCCAGGUGUUCCAGAUAGCAAACCCUGUCAUAAGUGCACAUUGAGCAAAUACAGUGUUUCCCAUACAUUGACUAAUCUGUGGCGGGGCGCCACGAAAUAAAAAUCGGCCGCCACAGAUGAU